AUGCUGGUUCGUGCUUAUUCCACUCAACGACCAUUAUUACUGGACAUUUUGCCCCAGCGCAAGCUCAUCAAGCGUCUGCUUUUUGACUUUGAUGCUAGAAUGAACCUGAGGAAGUAUAUGCCAGUGAUACAAAACAUUUACGAUAAUGUUGGAAAAGAUAAACUCUCAUUUCCAUCGAAGGUGCAAGGAUCAGAUCUUCUUCUGUUUCAGAAAGUUCUGUCGGAAAUACGAACUCAAACUCACACAUCAAAUCAACACCUUGUUAGAUUGGAGGAUGAACUUAUAGAGAGGGCUGCGGAGCUGGGAAGUAGAGAUGCACUGACAAUUGUCUCGUUUAGAGCUUUACGAGAUCAAAGCGGAGAAUACACUGAUGAAGACAAAGUUCAGGCGAAAAAGUUCAUAGAACAACUAAGAAACCUAGAGCAUCCUCUCGUUUACAAGAUGGGGGGAGAUUAUGAUUUUGACCAGGGCAGAUACAACGAAGCUGUGAAUCAAUAUUGGAAAUUUAUAAAACUCGAUGCUAACUCAUUUCUGUCCGCAGAAGUUUACAAAACGAUGGGCAUGAUCCAUUUCCAGCAGAAUCAGCUUCUUCGUGCCAAGCUUUUUUUUGAAAAGUCCAUCAAACUAGCCCCAAUUUCCAAAGUAGCACAAUCUCACUACAUGCUCGGUCUGAUAUACGAGAUUGAUCCCUUACGUUCUCGCUACCACUUCGAAAUGGCAGCAACACAAGGUUUCAAGGAAAGCUUCAAGACGCUUGGUUUUUUGGAGCUAAACUACUUCAAAAAUCUCUACAAGGCCAAAAAAUGGUUUCAGAUGGGAGCAGAGCUGGGUGAUCACAACUGCAUGAUUGGACUUUUCGAUGCCUAUAUACGAGAAAAAAACUGGAAGUCUGCAAGAAAAACUAUUGAUGCCCUGACCAAUUUUGCAGAACAAAACGGCCUUGAGCUGAACAUACAGUCGCUUAGAAAAGACUCAGUUGAACAAUUGAUAGCGCAUGAAUCAGCUGCUCCUAUCACGCAACAAAAAAAUAAAUCGUUAUGGGACGUUUAA